CGGUGGUGGAGCGCGGUCGCACAAGGGUCUGGUUGUAGUAGAAGUGGGGAGCGUGAAAUCGUCCAGCCUAGCAGUGGAUUCCUGUUCUUGCAGAAAAUCCCAUGUCCAACUGAAUUGCCACGUGCGGACAUACUGGACGGACAGUGUGCUCCUCUAGCCAAUCAGAGGCUCUGCCCGCAAUGCAUGGAGCGGCUCGUUGUGCUGCAGCACUUUAUCCCCCCCGCUCGCGCAGGAUCAAGGGCCACGACUCUUAAACUCCCCCUUUAUACCCCCCUUUGCUCUCUUUUCGCUUUUCCUCGUAUUUUGCGCACAUUAGUGCCCCAGAUUGCGACGAUGAGGUCCACUUCGGAACGGCAUCGUCAGUAUGGGGACGCUGAUAGCGGCCCUUCAGGCAGCGGCACUAUUAGUCGUCCCAAUCCAGACCAGGCGAGCACCCUCCCGCGGCAAAAACCUUCUUCACAGCAUCAUGUAAGGGGGUUUAACCGUCUGCUGCACUAUAUAUUCCCAGAUAAGCAACGCAAAGCUGCCGCUAAAGCUGCUGCCCGACUACAACCACCAACGACCUCAUCUCAGCCCUCGCUAAUUCUACCGCACAAAGCUUGGGCGGCCGGCGAUCGCGUAUCGGCCAUAUUGAAAUUCACGCCGCUGGCUAAAGGUGUUACCGUCGCAAGCGUGAAAAUGGGGUUGCAGGAAAAAGUCAGAACAAUCUACAAGAACGCUUCUCAUGAAGAAAUUCGUGACGCUCAACAGCAGCCACAGAGACGGAACAACAACAACCUGUCUAGUGCAAAUGCCACCGGUCAUACCUCAUUUUUCCGUCGUGUUGGAUCGCGGGUUCAAUCGAGAGAAAAUUUACUCGGCAUAUUUCGGACCAGGACCGGUGGUGAAGAUAACACGACGCCACCUAGCACUGAUACUCCUGUUACAUCACCACCUAGGUCUCCUGUGGCGGCUGAUAGUUCAUCGGAACGAUCCGCCUCGCCAUUGGGGGACGAGUCCGAAGAUGUCGAGGUGAUUAUGCGCAUGAGGAUCCCUGCCGAGGCCACCCCUUCCCAUUCUAUUGGUCCCAUUUUUGUCACUCAUCGAAUUAAAUGGGACGUGCUUUUGCGUAAUCACGAUGGUCAUUAUAGCGAACUCCGGUGCUCGUUGCCGAUACACCUCUUGUCCAACGAGGUUCUAGAAGAGACCCUCGCGGCCACAAACGCCACGCGCACCGCGCUGUUAGGCGAGAGCCAUGGUGUUCAGGUUCAAGAAGUGAUUCUUCCCGCUUAUCACGAUCACAUUCGAGACCGAGGCACGUUCAUAUUCGCCAAUGCAGAAUUACAUACCCAUGUGCUCGCAACCAAUCCUCUGAACAUGGCCGCGGUGGCUUCUGCUGCCACGACGCCGGAGGACGAACUGCCCGAGUUGCUUGGCCUGACUUCCUCUUCCUAUGGACCGUCUUCUACUCUGGCCGAUCAGUACCAUGGCGGGCGCUCAGCGACGACAAGAUUAGCAGAGGCAGAGUCGAGUGAAUUGUUCUUAUCGCUGGGCCGUGUCCCUGAGGCCGUCCACUCCCAACACCAACAGCACCAGCAACAAGUCCAAGGGCAAGGGCAAGGUUCAGGGAGCCAACCACCCUCUCAGUCUUCGAGCAGGGCAUCGAGUCCUGAACGGUCCGAAGGGCGGAACUCGCGGCACACGUUUGGAAUUCGACCGUUUACCGCUUUCAGGCAUAGGAGUAAGAGCAAGGGACGAACUUCCACUACGGGCACGCCCUCUUCGUCUGCUUCGAACUCGCGGCCUGGGUCGAGCCAUCAGGCGUCGAGUGCGGGUCAUGGUACUAGCGGUGGUGGAGCGCGGUCGCACAAGGGUCACAAGUUUUCGCUCUCGAGGUCAUCGAGUGGCCCGUCUGCACCUCCUUCACCAGAACCUGUUCCUCCCCUCCCUCUCCCCUAUGCACGCUCUUCCAAUACCAACUCGCCCACGUCGACGUGGACGACUUCCAAUUCGGCUGCGACCACGUCGAGCGAUUAUUAUGAUACGGUCCCCGACUAUGCCUUUGCAGCGCGUGGAUUCCUGGGUGGUGGAAUUACACCCUUGUCUGCCCUCCGUGGACUGCCGUCGUACAAUGAAGCACAACGGUCGCGUGCAAGUUCGCCUCUGGGACCUACAUCGACGGUGACGUCGUAUAACUCGAGUAACUCGAGUGGGUCAAGGCGACGGUCGCUGAUCAUGCCAGGUCGUCGUCGCUCAACCGAGUCUGGUGAACGCGAACGUGAACCAGUUGUUCCAGAGACGACAGAAGUUACUGCAUCCCCUUCAACAUCAUCAUCUUAA